ACACUCACCUCAUUUCAUUCCACUAUUACCAAAAUUGCCACUCAUUUAAAACCUUGUCCACCGUACAUCCUGCCCUCUAGUUUCCUUGUGAGGCCUAGUUUUGGGAAUUCCCCAUUUCUGAUGGCUUUUUUUAAGGCUGAAGUUAGAUAAUGCAGUUUCAUUAGAGAUUUAGAGAGAUGAUAGCUCCUGCUUCUGCUUCUCAUUUAAAUAUUCAAGGCAAAAGAAAAAGAGACAAAACAUUGAAGGAAAUGACAUGUUUCUGUUGCUUCCUUACAACCUUGUAAAGUUAUAAGCAUCGUGUCAGAAUUUCUCUCUGCCAACUGCCAAGGUUCUCAUUAUCUAUGGUUUGAUGGAGAUAGAGAUAAGAUAGGUCAUGGUAAAAUUAGUUGAGUGUGUUACAUGGUGGAUUUUUUUAAGGAGGAGAUUGCACCUACUAGUCUUAACAUGUCAUCUAAAAAGGAGCUUCUUUCCUCAGCCAUGAAGAGAACCAGCGAGUGGAUUUUCUCUCAGGAGAUUCCCAGUGAUGUCACUGUCCAAGUUGGAGGAGUUUCUUUCUCACUGCAUAAGUUUCCAUUAAUAUCUAAGUCUGGAUUCGUAAGGAAAGUUGUAUCAGAAUCCAAUGAUGCUGAUCAUUCAAUCAUAGAAAUCCCCAAUGUUCCAGGUGGAGCAGAUUCAUUUGAACUAGCAGCUAAAUUCUGUUAUGGGAUAAAUUUCGAGAUAAGCACCGAAAACAUUGCCAUGCUAAGAUGUGCGGCCGAGUAUCUCGAGAUGACUGAGGACUAUGCAGUCGGAAAUCUUGUGGGAAGAACUGAAGCCUACUUGAAUGAAGUAGCACUUAAGAGUCUAGCAGGAGCAGUUUCUGUGUUACAUAUGUCUGAAAGCCUCCUCCCUAUUGCAGAGGAAGUUAAAUUAGUGAGCCGGUGCAUUGACGCAAUCGCGUAUUUAGCUUGCAAAGAGAGCCAGUUUUAUAUGUCUAGCAGGUCUGAUAGUGGCAAUGAUAGUACCAUUUCUUUGACAACCACUAACUCGAGACCAAUUGUCGAUUGGUGGGCUGAAGAUUUAGCUGUUCUUCGAAUCGACAUCUUCCAACGGGUUCUGAUUGCAAUGGUAGCAAGAGGGUUUAAACAAUAUGAUCUUGGUCCAGUGCUUAUGCUUUAUGCACAAAAGGCUCUUAGAGGUUUGGAAGUAUUUGGAAAGGGGAGGAAGAAAAUUGAGCCACGACAAGAACACGAGAAAAGGGUCGUGUUGGAAACCAUAGUGAGUCUUCUGCCUAGGGAGAAAAAUGCAAUGUCUGUAAGCUUUCUAUCCGUGUUGCUUCGUGCAGCGAUAUACCUUGAAACAACUGUUGCUUGUCGACUUGAUUUGGAGAGAAGGAUGGCCUUGCAAUUAGGACAGGCUGUUUUGGAUGAUCUCUUGAUUCCUGCAUAUUCUGUUACCGGGGAUACAUUAUUUGAUGUGGACACCAUGCAGCGGAUCUUGACGAACUACGUUGAAUAUGAAACUGAAGGCCACCAUUUUGGAUACAAAGAAGAUGAUGAGUACAUUUCUCCCCCACCAAGUGACAUGGAAAGGGUGGGAAAGCUAAUGGAGAGCUACCUAGUUGAAAUAGCAUCUGACCGUAAUCUACCUAUCUCGAAAUUCAUCGGUCUUGCUGAACUCAUUCCGGAACAAUCCAGGGUAACAGAGGAUGGGAUGUAUAGAGCCAUAGAUAUCUACCUCAAGGCCCACCCCACUAUUACUGACAUGGAGAGGAAGAAAGUUUGCAGUUUAAUGGAUUGCCAGAAACUCUCGAGGGAGGCCUGCGCGCAUGCGGCUCAGAAUGACCGUCUUCCAGUGCAGACCGUGGUUCAAGUCCUUUACCAUGAGCAGCAACGCCUUCGAGAUGUUAUGAAUGGAAGUGGAGAUUCCCCUGCUGUCAUUCCUUCCAAGGUGAAUUUAUACCCUACUGAUGUCCACCCAGUUUCAGGUGAACUGUCCAGCUUGAAAAGAGAGAACCAGGACUUGAAACUAGAGCUAGUGAAAAUGAAAAUGAGAUUGAAAGAAAUAGAAAAAUCAACAUCAGCAAAAACGGCAAUAAGCAGUCCUAUGGGAAGUAUUACGCCAUCAUCUGAUAAGCCUCCUUUGCCUAAAAAAUCAUUUAUGAAUUCAGUUUCCAAGAAACUCGGACGGCUUUAUCCUUUCGUCCCUUCCGGUGCCAAAGGUCGAACAAGACCCAGCAAAGAUAGGAGACACUCCAUAUCUUGACACCACAUUGCUUUGCCUAAAAAGCAUUAUUAUUUUUUUGUGUGUGAAAUUGUUUAGCGUCUGUGUUACUUGUAAGGCUUGAGAAAACUUGGAGCUCUCACCUCUCUUUUAUUUUAUGGGGUACCAUGAUUGUUGGAUCCCUUUCAAUAUCUGCUUCUUCUGUAUGUUAUUGCUGUAAAUAAUAUCAUCUUUGUGUUUGAUACCA